AUGCCACAUUUUCUGUUUGCCUUUUGCUUGUCAACAUUACUUGUAGUAUAUACCCAAAAGAAAAAGUCACUCUCUAAGGAUGGUGCAGUCGGCGCAUUCAUUUUGGGAAUGGCAACCUUUUCUUCAUCUUUUAAUGUCUUUACUGUCGUAUUGCUUGCUUUCUUUCUGUCAAGCUCAAAGUUGACAAAAUUCAAAGCAGAACGAAAACGCGCACUAGAAGCUGACUACGAAGCAGCUAGUGAACGUAAUUUGAUACAGGUUAUCUGUAACGGCCUCUUGGGAGGAAUAGCAGUCAGCUUAUUUCAAGUCUUGGUGGAACAACACAAUGGAUUAGCUUGUUACGAUCAGGCACCAUGGAGUACGAUUCUGCUGUGGGCAUAUAUAGGACACUAUGGUUGUUGUGCAGGUGAUACGUGGGCAAGUGAGCUUGGUAUUCUGAAUAAAGAGUGGCCUAUACUGAUCACAAGACUCAAAAAAGUGCCUCCAGGAACAAAUGGUGGAGUGUCGGGACUAGGUUUGGCAGCAUCGCUUGCUGGUGGAGGAUUUAUUGGCUUAAUGGCCGCCUUGACUUUAUGGUUUGAUCAGCCCUGUCAUGGUUUUGCUUGGGAGAUUGUACUCGUAGGGUUAUUGUCGGGUAUUGGAGGAUCCUUGAUUGACUCCAUUUUGGGAGCAACAGUACAACAAAGCUUAUACUCAGAGGAUAAAAAGAUGAUUGUGCCCGAGAAGCGUUCAAAAGAUGAGAAAGUAAAAGUAAUUAGCGGCGUUCCUUUGCUUGAUAAUCAUCAAGUCAACUUUGCAUCAUCGCUUCUCACGACAUCCCUGUGUGUAGUGGCAGCUUGGUACCUUUAUUGA